GAAUAACAAUACUUUGUUUGUCAAGAGGUGGUAUAAAAAGCCCUGAAAACAUGUGGAAUCCCUCCAACGGAGACCAUGGGCAAGAUAAUUUUCUACGAGGACAGGAACUUCCAGGGCCGGAGCCAUGAGUGCAGCAACGACUGCACCGACCUGCACUCCUACUUCAGCCGCUGCAACUCCAUCCGGGUGGAGAGCGGCUGCUUUAUGAUCUACGAGCGGCCUGGCUACAUGGGCCACCAGUACUUCAUGAGGAGGGGCGAGUACCCCGACUACCAGAGGUGGAUGGGCUUCAGCAGCUGUAUCCGCUCCUGCCGACUGAUCCCCAUGGCGCCGCAGUAUCGCGGCUCCUACAGGAUGCGGAUCUACGAGAAGGCCGACUUCAGCGGCCACAUGAUGGAGUUCAUGGACGACUGUCCCUGUGUGUCCGACCGCUUCCACCACCGCCACGUCUACUCCUGUAACGUCAUGAACGGCUACUGGAUCUUCUACGAGUACCCCAACUACCGGGGCAGGCAGUACCUCCUCCGCUCCGGGGAGUACCGGAGGUAUCGCGAGUGGUGCGCCACCUGCUCCAUCGUGGGUUCCUUCAGGAGGGUCACUGAGUUUUAGCCAUUGUGUAGCAAACCCCUGCUGUAAAUAUACAACUGUUAUUAAAGAUGUUGAAUUUUUAAAA